UCACUAAUUUUUUUUCUUUCUUGUGCCUUCAAAGGAUAAGGCAGCCAUAUAUUUAAUGCUAUAAAAAUCUUUAUCAGAUCUUUCAUCAUUUGCCAUCCACAGUAUCAUAAACAAGGCUUAUUACUCUUAGCGUGUGAGUUUCAGUGUGUGGUUGUGUAUUCCUAUUUGGAUUUAGUUUAGAUUAAGAAAAAUUUUCCAUUUAAACUAGAAAAAGAUCCUGUUAUCUAUAUUCAUUCCUUCCUUAGUUCGUUUCUUUCAUCAUCCUUAUAUAUAUAUUAUACGUGUUUCAUCUAUCAUUCGUCAUACUAUAGAGUCGUUUAGAUAGAGAAUAUUUACCCAUCAGUCAUAGAUUAUAUCUUUUUAUUACAAGAUCCACGAUAGAUCACUACUUCUUAUAGAUACAACAUACCUUCAAAAAUUCAAUACAAAUGGGAUUAUUCGAUAAACUUAUAAGAAGAACUAGUCAAAAUCAUGACGAAGAAGUCAAAUCCAAAGGGUUUGAAAUAGCUGAUUGUUCAUUUGAUUGCGAGAGUUGUGAUUCCAAAUUCCCUGCCUCUUUAAAAUUCGAUGAUGAAGCUGAUUUAUGGAAUUCAACUAAACCUUAUGGUCUUCAUUUCAUUGUAUCAACUGGUAAAACCGAUUGGGCCCAUGAUGCCACGGGUGAAUCAAAUACUUUAUCUCAUUCAGUAUCGAAAUGGGCUGGUAAUAAUGCAGGAAAUUUUGUUGGUCUUGAACUGAGUGCUAUUAAAACUUCAGUAUCAUCCUUAUCAUCAGAUGAAUUAUUGAUUAAUGAUGAUUAUAAACAAGAAUUAGUUGGUGAUAUAUUAGUAUUACCAUUUUUCAUUUGGAUUAAAAAUAUUCAUUUAAAUCAAGUUGACGAAUUCUUAUCUACUUUUAUACCUAAAUUAAUUGAAUUUAGAGCUCAAAAUUUAACCAGUUUAAAUUUUGAUAGUUUUAAACAAGAAUUCCCCACCAUUAAAUUAGAAGUUGAUACUUUUAAAUCAUAUGUCUUCCUUUGUUCUCAUAAACAUAGAGAUAAAAGAUGUGGUAUAACUGCUCCAAUCAUGAAAAAGGAAAUUGAAAUUCAUUUACGAGAUUUACAACUUUAUCGUGAUGUUGGUGAUAAUACUCCAAAUGGGGUUAAAGUUGCAUUCAUUAAUCAUAUCGGAGGUCAUAAAUUUUCGGCCAAUGUUAUUAUUUAUUUAAGAAAUCUGGGAAAAAACAUUUGGUUAGCUAGAUGUAGACCAAAUAAUGUUAGACCAAUCAUUGAUCAAUGUAUAUUAAAUGAUGGUAAGAUUUGGCCUGAUAAUGUUAGACUUAUUCAAAAGUUCCAUCACAUAGAAUGGUAGUCAGAGUGUGUUUUUUUUUCCUUCAAAAAA